AUGGCAGUGGAUGGGGAAGACGAGCAUUGCAGGGGCCGCUUGAACGAUUGCCUGGGACGAGUCGAUUCAUGUUUUGACUGCGUUUUCGUUCGGCACAAUCCAUUUUCCUGUUUUCAAGCCUGUCUCAUCUCGAGCUGCCUUCUGCCCCUUGCCCUUGGCCUGGCCGUGUGGGGUGCGUGCCAGGGUGUUGCACUCGGUGCUACGGCCUUGGACCACUUUGUGGCCCCGGAGGAAGUCCGGGUCAACAGCCCGGAAUCCUUUGCGGCCCGGCUGCACAACCACACAGAUAUGCCAAAGAGCUGCACUCGUGUGGUGCCCACAGAUGCGGUGGAGAAUGCUUCCGUGGCCUCCGAGUGUUUAGCGUGGUGCCGUGAUAGCUUGGGACCGGGAUCCGGCUUCCCCUUUGCCUUCAGCCCCUGGCAUUGGAGGCAGAUGAAAGAGGCGGGCGAAGAUGUCGAGACGAGCUUCAAGAUGUGCUGGAAAGUGGAAACGGCAGCUUGGGCCUUGGGCUGGUGCCCAUCGAACUGGCAGAUGUACUUGGCAGCUGUCCUCUACGGCAGCGUCAGCAGCAUCGCAUUCCUCUGUUUCCAGUGGAAGCACUGGGAUGAAGAGUCCGAGUCAGACGAGUCGGACGAGUCGGAAGCGGAAGACUCGGAGUCACAACGCAGCCUUCGGCGUCCAGGGGGCCGCCCGGACUACGUUGCGCCAGACGAUGAGGGCUUCGAAGCUGGAAGCCCAUUUGCUGCCUCCAGAAGGCAUAAGCCACCCUUUUGUUGCAUCGGCAUAAACUCCGACUAUGAGGGUGCAAAGUGCCAGCUGCGCUUGUCAUGUUUCUUCAUGCUCUUCGAGCCUGCGCUUGACAUCCUGUCCAUCCUGAUGUUUCUACGGAGAGGCCAACCAAUCUACGCAGCUGUAGUCGGCACAUCAGUGGCCAUCUCCUGCAUCCUGGAACGUGACUUUUUCCAGAUCCGAGGUGCUGCGGCCAUGGCUGCAAGUUUACGGCGGGGCUUUGCAACGCCUUUGCUCUACGAACAUCAGGUGCUGGAGAUCGUGGAGAGCUCUGGCUCCACGAUUGUGCAGUGCUAUGCGGCCCUCCGCAUGGACCUGACAGCGGGCGCAUCCCUCUCCACGGUCUGCACGCUGAUCGCGAGCGCAGGCAGCAGCCUUCUCCUCUCUCUGCCGCAAGCUGUCAGAGCCGCCUCAGUUCUCGUGGGGGUGUAUUUCAAUGAUUACUAUGAGCAGGAGAAGAGGAAAGCGGGAGUGCCAGCCGUCUGGAGGUAUUUGCCUUCGGUGCUUUGCAUGUCUAUUGCAGAGCUGGCUUUGAUUCUCGGAAGGCACAACGAUGGCCAGUUUGUGUCUCCAUGGUCCUUAAUCUUGGAGAUGCCAAGUUGGGAGCUUUUCCUUUCUGCGCUCUUCCUGCUCCUCUUCCGUGUUGCGGUCCUAGGGGGCCUUCUCCUGGGCUUUGCUGCCUGCUUUCUGGUAUGCGGAUUCAUGUGCUUUUGGAGUGACUUUCUGGACGACUGGGGGGGUUGA